AGCAGCAGCAGCAGACAUGUUCUACACCUGUGGUCCCAACGAGGCUAUGGUGGUGUCAGGUUUCUGUCGUUCUCCUCCACUGAUGAUACCUGGAGGCCGAGUGUUCGUCUUCCCGUGUAUUCAGCAGAUACAGAGGAUUUCCCUGAACACUCUGACUCUGAAUGUGAAGAGCGAUAAAGUCUACACUCGCCACGGCGUGCCCAUCUCCGUCACAGGGAUAGCCCAGAUGAAGAUCCAGGGUCAGAAUAAACAGAUGCUGGCUGCAGCCUGCCAGAUGUUCAUGGGGAAGUCAGAGCCGGAGAUUGCUCAUAUCGCCUUGGAGACGCUGGAGGGGCACCAGCGCGCCAUCAUCGCCCACCUGACUGUCGAGGAGAUCUACAAGGACCGGAAGAAGUUCUCCGAGCAGGUUUUCAAGGUGGCGUCCUCAGACCUGGUCAACAUGGGCAUCAGCGUGGUCAGCUACACGCUCAAAGAUGUUCACGACGACCAGGACUACCUGCAUUCCCUGGGAAAAGGUCGCACAGCCCAGGUGCAGAAAGACGCUCGCAUCGGAGAGGCCCAGUUCAAGAGAGAUGCUGUGAUCAGGGAAGCCCACGCGAUGCAGGAGAAAAUCUCUGCUCAGUACAAGAACGAGAUCGAGAUGGCAAAGUCCCAGAGGGACUAUGAGCUGAAGAAAGCAGCGUAUGACAUUGAGGUCAACACGAAGAAGGCAGAGUCGGAGAUGGCCUAUCAGCUGCAGGUUGCAAAGACGAAGCAGCGUAUCGAGGAGGAGAAGAUGCAGGUGCAGGUUGUGGAGAGGACGCAGCAGAUCAUGCUGCAGGAGCAGGAGAUCUCACGCAAGGAGAAGGAGCUGGAGGCCAAGGUGAAGAAACCUGCAGAGGCUGAGCGCUACCGGCUGGAGAAACUCGCCGAAGCUCAGCGUCUUAAGUUGAUCAUGGAGGCAGAAGCUGAAGCAGAAUCCAUCAGGAUUAAAGGUGAGGCUGAGGCGUUUGCAGUUGAGGCCAAAGGUCGAGCGGAGGCGGAGCAGAUGUCAAAGAAGGCAGAGGCCUUCAAGCAGUACAAGGAUGGAGCCAUGGUGGACAUGCUGCUGGAGAAACUGCCUCUGAUGGCAGAGGAGAUCAGCAAGCCUCUGUGUGAGGCCAACAAAGUUAUCAUGGUGUCCAGUGGCGGAGGCGAAGUGGGCGCAGCCAAGCUGGCGGGAGAGGUGUUGGACGUCAUGACCCGGCUUCCUGAGGCGGUGGAGAAACUGACCGGAAUCAGCAUCUCCCUGGAGACCUCUCGUACAGGGUGAAGAGAAUCAUCUCCUGCUGUCGUGUAUCGUCUGCCUGGACUCUUUACACACGUCUGCUGACAUGGCCUCCUUCCUCCGCCCUCACAACUCUCACGUAAUAUGUCCCUUCCUCCGUCAACAUCUUCUUGUGACAUUUCUGUGUCGUGAAAAAGUCUUUCACUUUCUUAAUUUUCCUUGUGUCACUGAUUGUAAGCUUUGAUUUGGGAGAAAGUAUUUUGCUCCUCUGGCUACAGUUACAGUUGUUGUUCGAAAACAUUUGAUGUUAUAUGAUCCAUGUGAUGACUGAGUACAUCCUCUACAGACUCUGGGUUUUAAAUCUAAAACGCCUUCUGUGCGUUAUAUCACAAAAUUCAGAGUUGUUAAUUGAUUUGCAUUGAUAUAAUUAGAUGUGAAAACUGAAAUAAGUAACAAAUGUAACCGAAGACUCGGUUUAUCCUGUACUUUCUUCUUCUCUUAAUGUCACUGUGUGUGUGUGUGUGUGGCCUCCUGCUCCACUGUCUGUGUGUACCUGUAAUGUCUCCUCUAUAACUGCCUGUGUGCGCUGCCUUGCUGCCCAACCUUAAGUGCAUCUUAACAGGAAGUUUAAUGCAAAUGGUCCAAAACCUUCAUUUACCAAUCUACAACGUUACACAGUCUAAUGCAAAACCGCCCCUUGUACGUCACACGUUUCAAUCAUAAUUGAUAUUUACUACAUGAAGGAGUUAAGGAUUUGUCAAUCCUGAAGUAUUGUAGUUAUUAUUUUAUUUCGCUUUAUGUCAAACUUCAAACACUGUAUGGAAAUACAUUACAAAAUACUGAAUAAUGUAGAAAUACAAUCCACAGAAUCAUUAAAACACAUACAUUUAUAAAAACAACACACUGCAAGUACUUGCAAAUUAAACAUAAUCAGUGUUAUGAUACAGUCCAUAAAUCUGUGUGGCUUUAUCAUAUACAUGUUAACUGUUGUUUUAUAUUUUAUGUGUUUUCACCGUUUACGAUGUUGGGUGAUUUUUUUCUCGUCUUAUCUGCUGAACCAGUGUUAACUUUCAUUGGCUUUUCAAAAAUAUGUAUUGUAAGGUCCCUUUGAUUACGUAAUACCACUAUAAUACAGUAUCUGGUAUUAAAUACCAUAAUUCUCUAAGAUUUUAAAUAACAAUAUUGACAAAUUUGAUGCGUGUUCACAAUCCUAAUAAUACUGUAUUUACUGGAUGUAUUCUUAAGCAAAGUGGUGCUUUUUGUUUUAAAGAAGCCCGUUAUGUAGCAGCUCUUGUACAAGUAUGUCUUAUGGAAAACAAAGAUUAAAGUAAUCUGCUGUUGUAGCAAUAGGAAUACGACAGUGUUCAUGUGAGAUCACUGUACUAAAAUGAGGAUAUAUGUAUGAUUAUUGUUUUUUAAUGAAAGUCUGAUGUUUGAUGAUAGAUUUGAUCAGGAAUGAUAAACUAGUGGUGAGAAAAGGAUAUUGGCAGCUUCUUAUCUUAGAGUCGAUGUGUCUAUCGCACAGAAGGAUGAUGCUCGUGAAGGUUUAUCUCUGAACUGUUCAAACUAUUUAUAAAACUAUAAACUUUAUAUCAUAACUCACUCUAUCGCCCUCUACCUCACCACAACCCCUGGGGCUGGGUAUUAAAUCAUGUUUCACGUGGGCACCCUAUCUUAUUUAUUUCCUAAUUUAAGGUGUCAACAGACACACAAACAGUUGAGGAAUUUACCCAAGAGAACCUGUUUACGUUUCAUUAGUGUCAUCUGUUUCUUUCUCCUCUGCAUCACACCCAGCCCCAAACAUCUCGCUGUGGGCUUGUGCACUGCUGGAUACGGUACAGCCAAAUAAUUAAAGCAGCUUUCUAAAAACGUAAAUUAUAUUUAUUGGAAGAUGAACACUGCUGUUAUCACACAGCCACAGAUACCUGUCACACUAACUGUAAUCUUGAGAAUGCAUGUGCUUCACUUUGUGCUACUUCACGGUCGCGUCAGGUAGGAAAUGUAAUCUUUGUGCUUCUGUAUUGAAGUGACUUGAAGUGUUUUUCUGACACAACACUGUGUAUGAAUAGAUGUACUUAUACAGUAUAUAUUUGAUAUUUGAUUCAGUAUUAAUGUAGCACUGUUACCAUUAACAAUUCUACUAACUUUAACUAACAGCACUGUUUCAUUAUAAAUGUAUUUAAGUUUAAUCUGUUUAGUGGUUUUCUGUGUUAUUUCAACUCCUGGAAAAUACCACUCUGUUGAAUUUAGAUUA